AUGGCUUCUUCUGCCUUUGUCUUGCACCGCCUACCACGCAUCAUUGCGAGAACGCGACCAUCUUCAUCAUUGACGCCGCUGCGGAGAGCGCUGUCGACAUUGCCUAACAAUCCUCACAUUUACGUUCAUGAUGCCCCCGACUCGACGCGUCACAAGAUCCUCUCCUACCUGCCCAAUGAACCCACCAUCGCCUCUCUCGCCAUUGGCACUACCACGGAGAUCCCACCGACUCCCAAAUCCCUCGUCGAGAAUCCUCAAUUCUUGCAGAUUCUGCACUGGGUGAUCAAAGAUCAUGCCGUCAACGAUCCAGACGUGCAAGCGCAAGCUGCCAUGUAUGCGUCCCAAGCCGGCAGCGCCCUCGGUAGCGGCGGCACCUUCUUUCCUGCCAACCACCCAUCACAGCAGCGACAGCGACGGAAGACCAAGACCAAAGAGUAUGGUGGAGGAGGUGGCGGAGAUGCCGGAGCGAGUGCACAGGGCGGUAUGGGAGGUGCGGGCAGAGGAGGGUACAUUCAUGUCAGUGACCAGAGGUACCCGCCCGACUUUGGACGGGUUGCGUAUCCCGAGGAUAUAUUUGGCAGUCUUGAACUGGACUCGACGGGAAAUUUUGUGGACGGUACCGGACGCUAUCAGGCUGGCAAUACUUACCGGGUCGUGACGCAUGAAGGAAUUCUGGGACUCAGCGCAUACUUGCGGGAGCGACUGCUGGAAAAGUUACGUGAGCUCGAUGCGCAGGCUCGGCAGAAUGCGUAG